AUGAAUAUUCUCAAUGUUCAGAAAAAAAAAAUAUUUAAACUAAAAUAUUUACCUAAAUAAUAAAAAAAAUGUGGUUUACUUGAAGAUUAAUGCUAUUUUAAUCAUAGUCAUCAAUUACAUAUCAAAUCUUAAAACUCUUUCUUGUAAUUAACAAACAAUGAUUAAAUUACAAAAUGUAACAUAGAGCCAUUUAAUUCUGUCGAAAUUCAGUUGAUCAAUCAUUCUUAAAAACAAAUUAUUAAAGUGGAAAAUUUUCAAGACAAUUAAAUAGAGCUAUUUGCUGAAUCUCCUAACAUGAGUUCAUCUAUUUCUAAUAAAGACACAAUGCUACCUGAAGUUGAGCUAACGCAGAAUGAUUCUGAAAAUUUAGAUGAUUAAUUUGAAUAAAUAUUUGAAGAAGAAGAAAGUAGUUCCUUUUAGAAUUCAUCUCCAAAAUUAAAAGAAUAAUCGCUAUCAAAUAAUAGUCAAUUGGAUUUUGUAACUAAUCAUUAAAAUAAUAAUUAUUAAAAUUGUAUCGAUGAUUCGCAAAAAGUAAAAUAUUGUUGCAAGCAAAUUAAAUCUGGUUACUUAGAAGAUUCUUAACAAACUAAAAAUCUGAUAAAAACAUAUUUUAGUGAAAAUAAAAAUCAUUUUAAAAAUUAAAAUACUCCUUCAUAUAAAAUCCUUCCAAUAGAUUAUGAUGAUCUGCCAAGCAAUAAAUUUCACUUAUAUGGAGACAUCUUUAUUGAGUUAAUGAAUUCUAAAAAAUCUUCAAACUAAGCUUAAGAUUACAGUCAAGAAGUCAUUCUGAAAUGCAACAAAUAGAUUAAUCCUAUUUUUGAGUGGAAACACAUAAGUCAAAUCAAAACUAGUAAAAAAGAAUUAAUUUUCGAUUUAAAUAGCAAAACAGAAACGAACAAAGAUUUCAAUUCUAUCAUAAAAAUUUUAAAAGCUCUUAAUUAGCAACAAGAAUUAACAAAGCUACUUAUAGAAGCUGAGAGCAAUUUACCUAGAAUAUAAAAUUCUAUAAAAGAUAGUUUUAAUUUAUUGAAAUAGAAUUAAUUGAUUGAAUUAUUUUACUAACGCAGACAGUUGUUUCAAAGUAAAUGCCAAUUUUUCUUGAAAGAAAUAUCUGGUUAGAAGAAAUACAUAUUUUUGAAGUUAAACUACAACGAAGAUAAACUGGAAAUUGAAUAUUCUUAAAUGGGAAUUUCUACAAACCUAGUUGAAAUUUUAUCUGGCUAGCAAAUCAAUUAAGUUGCAUAUAAAAUAAUGAGAGGAAAUUAUCCAGAGAUUUUAGGAAAUAAACUUAAAGAAAUAUGGUCUCAAUAAAGUAUAAUCAGACUUCUUAACUUUGAACAAAAUAAUUAUAAAGAAUUAAAAUUUGAAAACAUCGAGUUAAAUACUCUUGAUGGGCUAUCAUUUAAAACUACUAUGACAAUUAAAAGGGUUUAGUUUAGGUAUGAUUCUAUUUAUGAAAACCUUCCUUUAAAAGACUAAUUUGUUUAUAUAGAAUUUAAUAUUAGUCCUAGAGUAUUACAGCAGAUAAAUAAAAUGAGAAAAGAUAUAUCUGCUCCUAAAUUAGAGUAUAUUUAAUCAUAGUCAAGUAGCUUAUUUUAAGAUUAAUAGAUUUUAUCUCCACCUUCUAUUUAUGAGUAAGUAGAAGUGAAAAAAUCCCAGUCUUAAACAACUAUAGAUUUUAACACUGAGGAUUUACUUAAUCAAAGAUUUUGCCUGGCUGAAUAGAUAAAAAAUGAAAAUGCUUAAACCACCAAAUAAGAAAAUGAUGAAUCAGAUCUAGAAAAACAUAGCUAAUUUAUAUACCAAGCAAUUAUGUAGUCUUUAAAUAAAAAUAAAAAAUACAUCUUAAGUUAAAAAAAAUUGUAAUCAAAGGCAUUUAAUUCUCUUAAAAAUAAAAAAAGAAGGCAACUUGGGUUUAUUGAAGAAAAUAAUAAAGAUUUUUACUAUGAGAUGCAAACUCAAUUACUAUUGGAUAAGUUUUAUAACUAUGAGGAAAUCAAGGAGCUCAUUAAAUAAUCUUAUUAAAUUAAUAAAUAAGGCUCUCCCGAACAAAAACAAACAAAUAACUAGUUUUAAAUUUAGAAUAAUUUUUUACAAUGA